AGACAAUAUAAUAAUUGUAUUUGUCAACUAUAAAAUUGCAUAAUUUCGUUUUUAUUUUCUUGAACUUAUUAAUUCAAGAUGAUCACAUAUGAGUUAUCGUUAAUAUUAAGAAAUAUGCCAAGGAAUGAGAUAUUUUCUACGCUAAAACGAACAGCAGAAUCCAUAUUCGAUAAGGGAGGAGUUAUUAGGAAAAUAGAAAAUUUGGGAGCCAGAGACCUUCCAUUUAAAAUGAGUGAACAUGGACAAGUGUAUCGACAAGGAAAUUAUUUUUUAAUGACAUUUGAUUCUCCUCCUAACGCAAUUUCUGAUUUACAUGAAGGAUAUAGUAGAGACAUCGAUAUCAUCCGGAAAUGUAUAUACAAAACUCAAGAUUCAGUAGUUGAAAGCUGCACAUUAGAAGAAGAACUUUUACCGCCAGCUUAUAGAACUGAAGUACAAGCAUUAAUAGCACAGGCUAAGAAAAGUCCAAACCGUAAGUUGAAACUGAAAAGCGUGUUGGAUUAUUAUCCUUUCCAAAGAUAAUUUAAAUAUUACAAUAAAAAAACAUAGUAUAAUUGUC